AUGUGCGCUUUUUUUUUGUUUAUUUUAUUUUAUUUUAUUUUUGCUGCUGGACCGCGAAAAAAAAGAAAGGGAAAAAAAAGGAGUAGAAAUUUACUAUUGGGGGGACGUUGUUGUUCGGGGGUUGUAAUGCCGUGCCAUUCAGAUCGGUCGUGGAUCGAUGGUGUCACUAUCCGAAGGCUCUUACAGUUGGGCGGCAUUGUGCGCCUGAUCCUCAUUAUUUACGCACAUUUUCACGACCGCUGGUUUCGUGUCAAGUACACAGACAUCGACUACAUGAUUAUUUUGGAUGGGGCACGGGAGAUGUGGAUGGGAGGUUCGCCCUUUGAUCGAACCACAUUUCGCUACACACCACUUCUUGCAGUUCUCAUUUUGCCUAGCGUGCUAGUAGCAAACCCGUUUGGGAAGGUGCUGUUUGCCCUAUGCGAUCUGGGUGCUGCCUACUACUCUUACAUUGUCCUUUUGAAGUUUGCAACGGAGCGGAGUGCCAAAUGGAUGGUGUCGCUGUUUAUCCUAUUUAAUCCGAUUAUGGUGGUGGUUUCAACACGUGGAAAUAGCGAUAUUCUAGUUACAUUUAUGAGUCUUGUUGUUUUGGCAAAGUUUGCACAGUCCAAAUACUUUCAGGCCGCCUCCGUCUUAGGAUUUGCCAUUCACUUUAAAUUAUACCCAGUAAUCUACUCCCUUCCCCUGGUGCUUGGUGUAUGGGAGGAAACGAAAGCAGAAACUUUUUUCCAGAAAUUAGGGCGUGUCGUUCCCACGGUCACGCUCUGUGGCCUUCUUGUUGUAAUUUUUUUUACCAUUCCAACUAUGAUGUGCUACAAGUGGUUUGGUCAGCAAUACCUCGAUGAAGCGUUUUUGUACCAUUUGUACCGAGAAGAUAACCGUCACAACUUUUCCCCAUAUUGGUUACUUAUGUAUCUUAACAUGGCAAGAAGCCACCUUGGCUUGGAGUCUGAAUACGCUCCAGGCCUGUUUGCGUUUGUUCCUCAAGCCUUUGUGCUUUUCUUUGUGUCGUACAAACUGCGCCGCAACGUGGCCCAUGCGUGUUGUAUACAAACGAUGCUUUUUGUGGCCUUUAAUAAGGUAUGCACCGUGCAAUACUUUGUGUGGUUUAUCCCUUUUAUGGCGUUUCUAUUUUUUCACCCUCGCGGCGCUGAGGGCGACGGGAAGAGGCCGGGAUUACUCAAAGCGGUGGCCGCCAUCGUGUUGUGGGCCGCGACGAUUCCGCUGUGGAUGACGACAGCCGUCCCGUUGGAGUUUUACGGCAGGAGUGACUUUGCGAGGCUGUGGGUUGUCUCCUGCAUUUUUUUCCUGGCGACGGUUUCCCUCUCCUCAUGGUUCGCACGCAUCGCCUACCGGCUGCAGGAGGCCGUGGCGCUACAGCACAAGGCGAAAGGGGAAAAGACGACCAAAGUCGCGUAG